AUGGAGCUGGCCCACAGUCUGCUGCUGAACGAAGAAGCUCUGGCUCAGAUAACGGAAGCUAAGAGACCAGUCUUCAUAUUCGAAUGGCUACGUUUCCUGGAUAAAGUCCUUGUAGCUGCUAAUAAGACUGAUGUGAAGGAGAAGCAGAAGAAGUUAGUGGAGCAGCUUACUGGGCUUAUAAGCAGUGCACCUGGACCUCCAACCAGAAAACUACUGGCCAAAAACUUAGCAACACUUUACAGCAUUGGGGACACCUUCACUGUUUUCCAGACUCUGGAUAAAUGCAACGAGAUUAUCAAAAGCAAGGAUGACACACCUGCGUACCUGCCUACAAAGCUUGCUGCAGUGGCAUGUGUUGGUGCCUUUUAUGAGAAAAUGGGCCGAAUGCUUGGGAGCUCAUUCCCAGAUACAAUCAACAAUCUCCUAAAGGCUUUAAAGAGCGCAGAGUCCCAGGGCAGAGGGGAGAUCCUGCUCAGUUUGCGGAAGGUGUUGAAUGGACUGGGUGGUGCCGCAGCCUCAUGUCACAGAGAUAUCUACAAAAAUGCUCGCUCACUUCUUACAGACAGGUCCAUGGCCGUUCGCUGUGCUGUAGCAAAGUGCUUGUUGGAGCUUCAGAAUGAGGCGGUGUUCAUGUGGACCACAGAGCUGGAGAGCUUGGCCACACUGUGUUUCAAAGCUCUAGAAGGAUCCAACUAUGGAGUCCGCGUCGCUGUUGCUAAACUCCUGGGAACGGUUAUGGCCACAGCUUUAAUGCCCAAACAAGCAGCAGUUAUGCGCCAAAAUGUGAAGCGGGCCACUCUGGAGGAGGUGCUGGAGCUCAUGUCCACUGGCUUUUUGCGUGGAGGUUCUGGUUUCCUGAAAAGUGGUGGAGAGAUGCUAAAGGGGGCCUCAGUGAGCCGGGAAGUGCGAGUUGGGGUCACACAGGCUUAUGUUGUCUUUGUCACUACACUGGGCGGUCAAUGGCUCGAGCGAAACUUUGCCACUUUCCUGUCCCAUGUUUUGGACCUGGUGUCUCAUCCUCGCGCCACACAGACUCAUGUAGAGGCCGUUUACUCGCGCCGCUGUGUGUCCUUUAUGCUGCGGGCCACCCUGGGCGGCCUGCUCGGGGAAAAAGCCCAAAUCGCUGCAGGCAAAGAACUAUGCCAAGCCAUCAGCAAGCAGAUGAGGGCUGUGGAGGCGGUAGUGAAUGAUCUGACAGGAGAGAAUAAAGCUGGAGCAGCCGAUGUCUCUGCCAGUCAACACGUGAUGGUGUGUGCGCUGAAGGAGCUGGGCAGCCUGGUCCAGAGCCUCAGUGCUACAUCCUCUCCGCUCAUUCAAGAGCCAUCAAUAGGGCUAUUGGAGACAGUGACUUCAGUGCUGCUUCACCCCAGCAUGGCGGCUCGACUGGCAGCUGCCUGGUGCCUUCGCUGUGUGGCUGUGGCGUUGCCCUAUCAGCUGACCCCUCUGCUGGACCGCUGUGCAGAGAGGAUCAACAACCUGAAGAGCUCCCCUGAAGCCGUGAGUGGAUACAGCUUCGCCAUGGCCGCACUGCUCGGGGGCGUGCACCAGUGUCCUCUCGGCAUCCCCCACUCCAAGGGGAAGUUGGUGGUGAGCAUAGCAGAAGACCUUUUGCGCUCUGCGGCUCAGAACAGCCGGCUGUCGCUGCAGCGCACUCAAGCAGGAUGGCUGCUGCUCGGAGCCCUCAUGACCCUCGGUCCGGCUCUUGUGCGAUAUCACCUUCCCAAGAUGCUGCUUCUGUGGAGAAACGUGUUCCCUCGCUCUCAGAAAGAGCUGGAGGCUGAAAAGGCCAGAGGAGACGCCUUCACCUGGCAGGUCACUCUUGAGGGCCGCGCUGGGGCUUUGUGCGCAAUGCGCAGUUUUGUAGCUCACUGCCCUGAGCUGCUGACGGAGGAUGUGAUUCGCCGCCUAAUGACUCCUAUCGAAUGUGCAAUGACCAUGAUGGCCCACGUUCCUUCAAUUAUCAAAGUUCAUGGGGCUCAUCUCAAGGCCAGUGCAGCGAUGGUGAGGCUCAGACUGUACGACAUCCUGGCUCUGCUGCCUCCCAAAACAUAUGAAGGCAGCUUUAAUGCUUUGCUUCGCGAGCUGGUGGCUGAGUUCACGCUGACGGACAACUCGGCAAACACCACCACCUCUCUUCUUCGCUCUCUCUGUCACUAUGACGACAGCGUGCUCAUGGGCUCGUGGCUUCAAGAGACCGACCACAAGUCUAUCGAGGACCAGCUGCAGCCCAACAGUGCAUCAGGCAGCGGGGCCUUGGAGCACGACCCCUCCUCCAUCUACCUGAGGGUCCCAGUGGGAGAGGCCAUCCCAGGUCCUCUGCCUCUGGGCGUCUCUGUCAUCGAUGCUUCGGUCGCUCUUUUUGGAGUGGUUUUCCCCCACGUGUCUUUCAAACACAGGCUGCAGAUGCUGGAUCACUUUGCAGAGUGCAUUAAGCAAGCUAAAGGAGUCCGUCAACAAGCGGUCCAGCUCAAUAUAUUUACUGCUGUCCUCAGUGCUCUUAAGGGUUUGGCUGAGAACAAGAGCACCCUGGGCCCAGAGGAGGUUCGUAAAUCAGCAUUGGCUCUUGUAAUGGGGGCCUUGGACAAUCCUAACCCCAUCCUGCGCUGUGCGGCUGGGGAGGCCUUGGGAAGGAUGGCUCAGGUGGUCGGAGAGGCAACCUUUAUCGCUCGAAUGGCACAGACCAGCUUUGACAAGCUUAAAUCUGCCAGAGAUGUUGUAUCCAGGACAGGGCACUCUCUGGCUCUGGGCUGUCUGCAUCGAUACGUUGGCGGAAUUGGUUCAGGGCAGCACUUAAAGACCAGUGUCAGCAUCCUUUUGGCUCUGGCUCAAGACGGCUCUUCUCAUGAAGUUCAGACUUGGGCGCUGCACUCGUUGGCCCUCAUCGUAGACUCCAGUGGUCCCAUGUACAGAGGCUACGUGGAGCCCACCCUGUCCCUCGUGCUGACGCUGCUGCUGACUGUGCCACCGUCGCACACUGAGGUGCACCAGUGUUUGGGACGCUGCCUCGGAGCCCUCAUCACCACUGUGGGACCAGAGCUACAGGGUAAUGGUGCCACUAUCUCGACCAUUCGCUCAUCGUGUUUGGUGGGCUGUGCCAUAAUGCAAGAUCACUCUGACUCUCUGGUUCAGGCGGCUGCCAUCUCCUGUUUACAGCAGCUUCACAUGUUUGCACCACGGCACGUCAAUCUCUCCAGCCUGGUUCCCUGUCUUUGUGUGCACCUGUGCAGCUCUCACCUGCUCCUCCGCCGCGCUGCUGUGGCCUGCCUGCGACAGCUCGCACAGAGAGAGGCGGCUGAAGUCUGCGAGUACGCCAUGAGCCUCGCCAAGAAGACCGGAGAUGGCACAACUAUCAAGCUGAACAUCACAGAGACAGGUCUAGAGGGAGUGUUGUUCGGGAUGCUCGACAAAGAAACGGACAGAAAACUGUGCUCCGACAUUCACGACACUCUGGGACAUAUGCUCUCAUCGCUGGCGGUGGAAAAACUCUCUCAUUGGCUCAAACUCUGUAAAGAUGUCCUCGCAGCAACUACAGAUGUGGGUGGAGCUGUUGUGUUCGAGGUGGAGAGAGAUGAGGAGGACUCAGAGAAGAACAAUGAGACCGAUGAUGACACCAUGUUCACAGGCCUCGGCGACGAUGACAAGUCCAAGCCUUCGGUGGCGCCGCGGUGGGUCACUCGAGUGUUCGCCGCCGACUGUCUCUGCAGAAUCAUCCUGCUGUGUGAAAAUGCAGACAAGACGCACUUUGACCUGGCAGCGGCCCGCGCUGCUAAGAAAGGAGAUCUGCUGGUGCGGCACUUGUCUGACCUCAUCCGGAUGGCCUUCAUGGCGGCCACAGACCACAGCAACCAGCUGCGGAUGGCCGGGCUGCAGGCGCUGGAGGACAUCAUUAAGAAGUUUGCCUCUGUCCCUGAACCAGAGUUUCCGGGACACGUGAUUCUGGAGCAGUACCAAGCCAAUGUUGGAGCAGCUCUCAGACCGGCCUUUUCACCUGAUACUCCGUCUGAUAUCACAGCGAAAGCUUGUCAGGUUUGCAGCACAUGGAUUGGCAGUGGUGUGGUGAGCGACCUGAAUGACCUAAGGCGGGUCCACAACCUCCUGGUGUCGUCUCUGGACAAGGUGCAGGCUGGCAAAGGCUCGUCCAGUCAACUGUACAGCGAGAGUGCCACCACCAUGGAGAAACUGGCCGUGCUCAAGGCAUGGGCUGAGGUGUAUGUGGUGGCGAUGAAGAUCAAGAAGGAGGCGGAGUCCAAGCCUGUGAAACCAGCGAGGACCUGCAUUGAAGAUGAGGAUGAGGACGAUCUCGGUGCGAACGUCUUGCCUCCGGACAGUCUUAUCACUCUGGUGCAGCCGGAACUGCCCUCUCUGAGCCGGCUGUGGCUGGCGAUGCUCCGAGACUACGCUCUGCUCACUCUGCCGGCUGAGUUCUCCAGUCAGCUGCCUCCCGAGGGUGGUGCAUUUUACACUCCAGAGACGAUCGACAUGGCCCGGCUGCACUACCGCAGCUCCUGGGCCCCUGUGCUCCACGCUGUGGCCCUGUGGUUGAACAGCACUGGGUUUGGAGAAGAUGAUGAACCGGAUUCUCCCUCUGCUCCAUCCAAAGCUGCAGGAGUCACUUUGUCCAAAACAUUUGACGAAUCGGUCAAAGAUAGAAUGCAUCUUAUUCUAGGCGUCAGCAUUGAGUUUCUCUGCUUUCCACGUCCGGAGGAGCCCAUAGAAAAUGUAAUGUCCUGCUUGCAGGGAUUAUGCACAAUCCUGGAUUCACCAUGUGCCAAGAAGCACAUUGCAGAGGACCAGCUGUUGGCUGUGGAGCUCCUCAACGUGCUGCACAGACUGUUACUGACCCGCGACCCUCCAGGAGUUCAACUGCAGGUCACUGCUGUCGUCCAGGAGACCAUCCGAGCAGCACAGGAGCAGCUGCAGCUUCAACGCACCUCCAAAAACAAAGACGAGGAGGUGGAGAAGGAGUCUGCACCUGUCCUGGGAGAGGGAGGGGACACUGGGGAGCUGGUUCCUGGCAAAUCCCUGGUGUUUGCUUGCAUGGAGCUUCUCGUGUUCAUUUUGGUUCGUCAUUUGCCACAACUCAACACCAAAGUGAAGGAGUCCCCCAGCCACGCCACGCUCCGGCCGCCGCGGCUGUCCGAGCAGAGCGCCCGACUCGUGGCCCACACGGUCUCCAUCCUGGCUGAGCUGCCAUCACUCUGCACUCCAGCUGGGAGCAUGACCAUUCUUCCCACGGUGCUCUUCCUCAUCACUGGAGUCCUGAAGGAAACCGCGCUCAAAACUCCGGACAACUCGGUGCCAGCUCCGGUCUCUGCGGCACUGCAGGCCGUGAAAACCAUCAUCACGAGCCCACUGUCCCGAGAGGAGAGCAUCAAGACCCAGUGGACCACCCUCGUUAGGAGCAGCCUGGCCUCUGUGCUGGAAUACUCACAGCCAGAUGAUUCUCGUGCCGACCUAGAUGACAUCAGCAUGUUGACAGCCAUCACGCUCUUCUUGCUGUCCGCGGGAAAUGAGCUCGUGGGAGUGACCGUUCUUCAGAAAGGCUGUUUGGACCAAUACAGAAACGCAAUCAACUCUGGGGACCCCUGGAUGGAGGCCCGGUGUUAUCAGCUGCUCCUCUCCGUGUUCCAACACUGCAGUCGCGCCCUCUCCACGCCGUACAUCCACGCUCUGGCACCCAUCCUGGUGGAGAAGCUGAAGGCCGCAGAGACCAGUCCGCCCCAGAGCAGCGUGGAGCUCCAGGCCGUUCAGGAGGGCGUCAGGGUCCUGGAGGCUCUGGUGGGCAUGGGGGAGGAGCAAAACAGGGUCCAGUUGUUGGCUCUCCUCGUCCCUACGCUUAUCUCCUACCUCCUGGAUGAAAAGGCCAUCUUGUCUGCAUCACCAGUUUCCAAAGCUCUUCAUGAGUUUUCACUUCAGAACUUGAUGCGCAUUGGCCCCCUUUACCCGGCAGCCUUCAAGAUUGUCAUCGGCGCCGCCCCUGAGCUCAAAACUUGCCUUGAAUCCGCCAUAAGAGCCAACCAAGCCAGUAGUAGAGCCAAGGCAGCAGCCAGACUCGCCCAACCCACCGUACAGGCUGCCCCCACCAUCAAACUCAAAACGAGCUUCUUCUAA